CGUGAAGGAGUUGAUCGAGAUGGCGAAGGCUGGAAAGCUUCUUCCCCGACAUCAUUACUUCUCCCUCUUCGAUCCCGAGCACCGAAGGCAGAUGAUCCUCCUGUUCAAGAUUCUCAAAUCGGCCAAGGACUGGGACACCUUCUACAAGACGGCGUCAAGGGCUCGAGUUAAGGCAAACGAAGGAAUGUUCGUAUACGCCCUCACCAUGGCUGUCCUCACCCGACCAGAUCUGAAGGGAAUCCAGCUCCCUCCCCUCUACGAAAUCAACCCGCACUUCUUCUUCCCAACCACCACCAUCCGACAGGCCUACCGAGCACAAAUGCAGCAGGAGGACGCGACGAUCGAGGCCACCUUCACAGGAACGCUGAAGAACCUCGAGCAGCGAGUGGCCUACUUCGGCGAGGACAUCGGGCUCAACAACCACCAUCACCACUGGCACGCGGACUUCCCCUUCUGGUGGCGGGACGAAUGGGGCCACAAGGACCGCAAGGGGGAACUCUUUUUCUACAUGCACCACCAACUCAAUGCUCGAUUUGAUGCCGAGAGGCUGAGUAACAACCUCCCUCGGGUUGAAGCCAUUGGCUGGGACAAAACCAUUCACGAAGGAUUUGCUCCGCACAUGUCCUACUACGAGGAAGGGGAAUUCCCAUCUCGACCAGACGACAUGCACUUCCUGGACCUCCCGUUCAUGACGCGAGACCAGAUGACCCGAUACGAGAGCAGGAUCAGAAAUGCCGUUGACAAACUCAAGGCAUACGGACCCAAUGGACCAGUCAGCCUGAACUCAUCAGAGGGAAUCGAUAUCUUGGGGAACAUGGUGGAGGCGAACGAGAACACCCCCAACCUGGCAUUCUACGGGUCCAUCCACAACCUCUUCCACGUCUUCCUCGCUCGUAUCGGCGACCCUGAUGGACGUUACGGCGUA